AACUAAAGAUUGUCUGGUGUUAUUGGUUAGAACACUUAUUUUGGGCGGUUGAAGUCUGUUUUUUCCUGUGGAAAAAAAGAUAACCAUGGCCCGCCUUAAAAGUGAUGGGAAAGUUUAAACGAGUUAACGGAAGAGGGAUCCUGCCCGGACGCUGGACCGAAAUAACCGCGGCUGCUCAGCGCCAGGCGCCUUCUGCAGCACUAGGGACAGUCCAAGGCGCUGGCUGGAGUGGAUCGCGAGGGACAGAUCCCAGAUCCCGGCCGCCUGGUUUCCCGACCUCAUCUGCGGCGUCCUGGGGGUUGAGUCAUCCUCCGGCCGCCUGCGGCCAGCGGGAAAGCGGUGGGCUUGGAGAGGAAGGCACCGGGAGGAGGGGACUGCACCGCAAGAGCCGAGCCGCGGGCAGAGGCGCGCAGCCGGCUCUGGCGGGGGGACCAUGGGCGCCUCCGCCUCCAGGGGCCGGGUCGCCCGGGUCCCCGGGCCAAAGCUGGAGCCCGAGGAGGUGCUGGACCUGAGCCAACUGCCACCCGAGCUGCUCCUGGUGGUGCUGAGCCACGUGCCCCCACGCACGCUUCUCAGCCGCUGCCGCCGGGUGUGCCGGGGCUGGCGCGCCCUGGUGGACGGCCAGGCCCUGUGGCUGCUGAUCUUGGCCCGGGACCACGGCGCUGCCGGACGCGCCCUGCUGUCGUUCGUCCGCAACUGCCUGCCCCCCGCUAGCGACGCCAGGCCUUGUCCGCUGGGCCGCUUCUGCGAGCGCAGACCGUUAGGACGCAACCUCAUCUGCAACCCCUGCGGCCAGGAAGGCCUCCGGAAGUGGAUGGUGCAGCAUGGUGGAGAUGGCUGGGUGGUGGAGGAAAACAAGACAACCGUGCCUGGGGCCCCUUCCCAGACCUGUUUCGUGACUUCCUUCAGUUGGUGCCGCAAGAAGCAGGUCUUGGACCUGGAGGAAGAGGGUCUGUGGCCAGAACUGCUGGACAGUGGCAGGAUUGAGAUUUGUGUCUCUGACUGGUGGGGAGCCCGACACGACAGUGGCUGUAUGUAUCGACUCCUUGUCCAACUUCUAGAUGCCGACCAGACUGUCCUAGACAAAUUCUCUGCUGUGCCUGACCCCAUUGAGCAGUGGAACAAUAAUAUCUGCCUUCAGGUCACCCAUGUGUUCUCCAACAUCAAGAUGGGCGUCCGUUUUGUGUCUUUUGAACACUGGGGGCAGGACACGCAGUUCUGGGCUGGCCACUAUGGAGCCCGUGUGACCAACUCCAGUGUGAUCGUACGGGUCUGUCAGUCCCAGUCAAGAGCUGCCUUUCUUGCCAGAGGGCCUGACCAUGCUACCCAGUCACCAGGAUGUUUGGCUGGAACCCCUCAUUAACCAAGUACUUCUACCUCCUUGGCACACACUGGAAUUUCAGGAUCCGGUCAAGGGUACUGUUGAGCUCUGUAUUCAGGUUCUGGAAACCACUGGAAGAAUGGUCUUCUUUCAGGUCUACCUAUGGUUGCUGCUUUGGGUGGGCACUGCGCUACGUAGUGGAGACCCACAGGAGAGCUCCGGCCUGGGAGAAUGCAGGUCCUGAGGAGGGCUUCCCACCCCCCUCUCCUCCCCACCGCGACCCUCGGGUUCAGCACAGCCACCUCUGCCCUGUUCCUUCUCUGGGUCUCUUGUCUCCUCUCCUUUCUGCUUCCGGGACCUGCCAGGUCCUUUCAGGGAAGUCCUGUACUCUGCUCUCAACUUUGACUCUCAUCCUGGCUAGCAAACUUCCAGCUGCCUUGGGUGGUGAACUUAACCUCCGGGGACUUUACCUUCUGGGUCCAGGCCUUGAAGGUGAAGGUCACCCAGGUUAAAAAAGGAUCUGGAGAUAAAUCUGCCCACACUGACUUCUCUGGGGAAUGAGGAGGUACCUCAAGCCCAGCACUGAUCCUCAAGGACCUCUGUAAUUAUGUGAUAUUUAAAAUGAUUUUAUUUUUCAUUUUGACAUUUUUUUCCAAGCAGCAAAAGAAUAAUCUAUCAGCCAUACUAUAUAAUGUACCUAGAAUGUAUCUGCUGGUCAUACAUAAUAAAUUUAUUAUUUUGCCAAAACUGC